AAAUCUUCCAAAAGCUCUUCUAAUCAUGCUGGUGAUCAAUGCCUUGGGGAACCACGGGUGCUACCAACCCUCUACUCAAACCCUGAGUUCCCUCAGCAGUAUUUUCCCAAAGUUUUUGUUUGCAAGGUUUGUUAAGGCAGUAUGUGCUCUUGAGUGCAGGUGCCUUUGAAGGUCAGAAGAGGGUGUUGGAUUCCCUGGAGCUGGAGUUACAAGUACUGUGAGCUGCUGGAUGUGUGCUGAGAGCCAAACUUGAGUCCUACGGAAGAAUAGGAAGCACUCUUGACUGCUGAGCUAUCUCUCCAGUCCCUUUCUUUAAGGAUUUUGUUUAGCUCAUUCUUCAAGGCCACUACCUCACAAGGCAACAUUCUUGGUGAAGUGUGUAGGGUUUUAGUGGGGAGAGAUGAAAGACAAAGGUUUCUGAAGCAGAGUGGAUAUCAGAAACAGAAAAAGAGGAAGGUAAGCUUGGAGAGGAAACUUAGUGACUAAAUGGGAAGGUAGAGAAUUUCAGCUCUUUGGCUUUCAAAUUUUGGUGCGUGUGUGUGCAUGCUUGUGUGUGCGUGCAUGCGUGUUUGAACAUACCUGAAUUCAGGUCUUCAGACUUGUUACUUGCUGAGUCAUCUCCCAGCCCAAAGAAUUUCAACUCUUCAUAUGAUUCUGAUCUCACUGAGCAGAAGAAAUAAAUGGUUUGAGAACCAAAGAGAAUGGAAGUAGAGUCAGGGGCUGAAAGUUUAACUUAGGAGUUCCACUGAGAAGGAAUACAGAUUUGGGUCAAAAGCAGUAGGAACGGAAACUUGAAGAAAACAUGAGCCUCAGAGCUAUACUUUGGGGACAGAGAGCCCUGUAAACUUUGACUAAUAAAGGGUAAAGAAAAGACAAUGUUAAUUCUGAGACUCAGAGCUUUCUGGGCAGCCAUAUCAGUACACUGGGAUCCGUUAGCAGGUUGAAAAUACAGAGGGCAAACCUAGUAACUUAAAAAAUUCAUUUUAUUCCAUCACUCCCCGCUAAUCCUGCUCAAUAACUCAAGACGUUUUGUUAUAACUCCCUGUGAGUGUUCGAAAUAUUUGGUGCAUGAAGAGCUACUGUAUCUCCGCAUCUACUAGUCUCCUUAAUUUGGUUUAUAAUCUUAUUACUUCUCACUUAACUAAUUGCAAGCCCAAGGACAGCCCUAGCUCACACUGCUGUCUUUGUGUGACUUAGAACAAGGCACUGUCUGUGCAUUCAUGAAUUAGGAAAAACAGCAUUAACUGGCUGCGUGGAUGCAGCCAGUCAGUGUUGGAGAAAUAGAAUACACCAUUGUAGGAAGAUAAAAGCUGAAGGGCUUGGAGGCUGAGCAGAGGAGGCACAGAGCAUGCUUACAUGUUUAGUUGGCACAGAACACCGUAGGAAUGUCUCACAGGUGGUCACCUUGAUUCACCUCAAAUGAAAUGGUCACCCUACCAUUUCAUUUGGACUUAUCCAGAGUUCUAGAAAAAAGCAAAAACAAACAAACAAACAAAACAAAAAACAAACAAACAGCAACAAAACUAAAAUGUAACCGCAUCAUCUUUUACUUCAAAGCUGUCAGGAUUCCCCAGCUCCUUUGAAGAUCAUCUGAAGCCCUUGCCAUGUAACAGAAUUUAUUUCAGGAAAGCCUCCCUGGCAUCCACCAGCCACCAGCCACGCCUUCAGCUGUAGUUCCCGGAAUGUACAGGACACUAGCAAGAUUUACCCAGAGUGUACAGCCUGCCCCUGCCCCACUGCCUGUCCCUAUUGCCUUUGACGACAAGACUUACCCAACUUAUCUUUUGGAGGCUAUCCCAUUCUUAAAUGCCAGUGUAGAAUAGUACCCUCUCUCUGCAUCCUUCCCCCGGCGCUGACAUCAUGCAGGCUGUGGCUGUCCUUCUUUCCCAUCUGUGACUGUCCUUGAGGAUGUGUUUACUCAUGUGUGUUUUCCCCCAGCACCAGGAGUCAGGCACCUGGUCCUGGCGUAUACUGAGUGGAAAAUGAGAUGCACACAGAUAUUUCAAACGAACAAACAAACAAAUGAAACACCCCCCAAUACCAAAAACCCCAAAACAACAACAAAAUCCCCCAAACCAAAAAAGCCCCCAAAAGUUUCACUACUUUCUGAACAUGAGAGCUUCUGUCAUCUUUUGAAGUAUUUUUCUUUUCCAUACUUCUCCGUAACUUUGUCUAUUCCGGUAGGAGGUUAAUGUGUGUGAGAGAUAACUGCUUUGGUUUAUUUUACUUUCUGGGUUGCCAUUCAAAGCUAGUUUAUUCUGGCCAACAUGUUUACUUCUGUAAGGUGAUUUAAUACACGCAGUUAGUAAUUCAACUGAUUUCCUUACAAACAUUUCAACCACAUUUUAUUAGAAAGUAUUGUCAAGAUGGAGGUCCCUGCUCAUCUGCCCAGGACUGAAAUGCCACCAAUGAUGUCACUGACAGUGUUGUUAUCAGUGGUGUUCAAAUGCUAGAAGAGUCCAAUGAUGCACUUUGAGACACUCACAUAGUCUAUCAAAGAUCUCACCUAGAAUUUGCAGCUUAUUUUCUAAAUCUGUGUAUGUGUAUGUGUGUGUGUGUGUUUUCCUUUCCACAAGGGCCGUGAGAGAAUGCGGACAAUAAAAAAAGAAACGUGUAAGAUACUUCCUAGGCUUGUGCACAUAGGUGUUUGUUUAUUUUCGUGUCCCUUUGGCAGUCAUUUAAAAUAUUCUGAAGUCUUGGGGGAGACGAUUCAAUCAGUGAAGCACUUGCCAUGCAAACAUGAGGUUCUCAGUUUGACCCACAGCAUCUAUGUAAAAGCUGGUCACGGUGGAGCAUGCUUAGUCCCAGCACUGAGGAGAGACCUUUCCUCACAAACUAAGUUGGAGAGGAACUGGAGAAGACACCUGAUGUCGACCUGCAGCCACUACAUUCACACGUGUGCAAAUGGCUGCACACACACACACACACACACACACACACACACACACACACACACGUGCAGGCGUGAACACACACCUCUAACCAGACUUUUUCCUGUGGAUUUCAACAUGAAUGAACUUUAUACUUUUUCAGCUUGUCUCUAGUUUCUAUUAGAGUUUUGGGCUCCCCCACCCCCAUCUCUUUCAGUCAUCUUUUUUUCCAUAGAUGAGUAAAAAGUUACUGUGGAUUAUGCAAGGUAGGGAGUUACACACUGAUUUUUCUUUCACCUUUUGUCUUCAUUCCCUGUGCCUCACUCAGGCUUUCCUGGGGGACUCACCGCUGCAGAGUCGCUUAUGUGGAAUUUUACGUCCGGCCUUAAACCUCUGGUGUAUGCCCUACGUUCCAAUAUGGUCUCCAAAUACAAAACCUCGUUAAUAUAAUGUAGGCAUCGAUUUCAUUAAGCUGUUGAAUACUGUGGCAAUGUACUUUCCAUUUCCUGCAGCUUGUUUUUCUUUUUCCUAUGCCUCAUAUCCAUGAUUUUUUUUUUUUAAUUGGGACAAAUUUGAAGUUUCAGAUCAGGCGUGGUGGCACACACCUUUAAUCCCAGUGCUCAGGAGACAAGACAAGUGGAUCUCUGCGAGUUCAAGGCCAGCCUCAUCUACAAAGUCCAGGACAGCCAAGGCUACCCAGAGAAACCCUGUCUCUAAGAACAAAAAUCAACAACAACAACAAAAUUGAAGACCGUGAAGAUGGAAGUGCUGGGGGUUCAACCCCUGGAUGAAAAUCUGGAAAGCGGAUCAAGGCCAGGAUUUCAGUGGAAGAAGUUAUUGCUGGUGGUCUCUGGGAUUCAGGGGGCUGGGCUGCUCCUCUGCCUCAUCUACAUCUGCGCACACCUCUAUCCUUCCCCGGUGAAGUACCCUCCAAUCCAGAGUCUCAGAACACAAGUUACCAGAUGUGAGGAAGGGAGACUGUUCAUCAGCUUACCCAGGAAUGAGUAUCAAACCAUGGAGGUGCAGAACAACUCAGUUGCCAUCACCUGCGAUGGGCUUUAUCUCAUCUACAUGAAGGGCUCCUUUUUCCAGGAGGUCAAAAUCAACCUUCAUUUCCGGAAGGGUCGAAGUCCCAUUUCUAUACCAAUGCUGAACAAUGGCCAAAGGGUUGACUUCCCUGUGGUGGCCUCUUUGGCUUUCAAGGAUAUAGUUUACUUUACUGUAGAUGCUCCUGAUAUUUCCUGCGAACACCUCCAGAUAAAUGACGGAGAGCUGAUUAUGGUCCAGCUAACUCCUGGUGGAUUCUGUGCCCACUGAAGAUCUUACGGCAGCACCAUGAACAAAGUGCCACUGUGAAUUCCACCCCGAGGUGUGAACAGGACAAAGGUUCUUUCUUGGGAGACAUGAGUCGAUCCUUCUCAACUUUCUGAGUUGUGACCAAAUGCAGAUCCUACCCGACGUCCUCACUCAGGGAUAUUGAGUGUCUUACAUGACAGUUGACCUCUCUUUUCCACAAUUGUCUUGAGCCUGAUAAGAGCUCUUCUGGGAAUGAAAAACAAUGACUUUCAGUUAGUCAGAAGAUGACUGUAAUAAACUUCUGUCACUGAAAACGGCACUUGAUUACUAUUUUCUAGAAUUUUGGCAUUGUCAAAAGACAGAGCAAGGGAUGGGGUUAUGAAAUCUAGAAAGGGUCGUGCCCACCAACCAGUGGGAGCUGAAGUGUUCUCUCCAAAGUCAAGGGGAUCAAUGUUUACAUGUUGCCUAAAGUCCUUUUUCAUUUCAUGGGAGCUCAGGAAGAAGAUCGCCAUGUGGAAACCAGGGCCUGAAGACAACUAUUUAAGUGAUACUGUGCACUCGGACAUUCUCCCGUUACCACUUUUCUUUCCUGGCCACCAAAAACACAUAAUAGAAAACUCCUCCCUUCAAAGAAGUAUCCAGGAGCGAUGAUGCCACCAAAGCACCUCAUCAGUGAUGUAAAGAAAACCAGUGGAGCUUUGUUUCUUGUACAGGGUGUGAGAGAUCAUUUAUCCUGAGAGUUAUUUUUAUUAUACAAGAUAGUAAUGAACUGGAGGUCUCAGAAUAAAGUCUGGGAAUGAGUUCACUGUCUGAAGAAGACUGGUUUGGAAGUUCUCGCUUCCAAAACUUUUAUGUAAAUUUUUGAUAAUUUAAAAUACACAUCCAUAUAGUAUUUUAAGCCAUUUUCAAUAGAAGAUAUAACACAUCACAAAAAUCUUUCUAGAUGGUUUUGAUUCCCCACAAGGAUUGCCUUAUGCCACAACACAGCAGUUCACUUAUCUCUCGAACCUCCUGGAAGUUUGAAGGCUGUUAAUCCUUAUACUGACUGAGCUCAGUUAUAUUUGGAUUUUUUUUUGUCUGAUAAUUUUAUGCUUUCUCUUAUGCAUCUAUCCAUAGUUGUAUUCCAACUCUGUUAUAAUAUGUUAUUAAAAGAAGCUGAGUAAAAAAUGCUACAUAAAAGGGUUUGUGCAUGAGAUGAAAGCACAGCUGUUACUUCUGGAAGGCCCGCUAUGGGCUAAAUGUGUUACAUGAUCUGUUAGGGGCAAGAUAUUCUGUGAUCUCUGUCUUGGUGACUCAGGAGAUCUAUGUGUGUAGAGUUCAGUUUUUGUUACUGACUAUAUUGUGCAAAGUUGUUGUUACCUAACACGUGACAGCUGGAAAAGUAAACGUUCAUAACUAUGGGUAAUAUUUAAGACAAUUAAUGUUUUGUUUUUGAACUUUGGGGCUUGUGCCUGUAUUUUUUAUGGAUAUGCAAUGUACAGGCGUAGCCUAAGCCCCAUUGUCCUGUCAGUUGUUGUCCUGAACACCAUGGUUUCUGCUCUGCAACCUCACUCCUCUGGAGCACACCUGGCCUGCUUCUUUUGUUCUGGCCCCUGCUGGCCACUCAGGGAUACUAUCCCCUACCUACCACCAUAUGUGGUCUCUGUUUUAGUUCCCUUAUCAUUUCCUUCAAAGAAACAAUUAACCCUGUGCUCUACAUGAAAAAGAGAUUCACAGGGAGAGAACAGAGUGAGGAAUUAGGUGUCAGAAAUUGCAAAUUUGACCCAGUCACUAAGUAAGUGACCUUCGACAAAUGACUUUCUACUUCCGCAUCCUGCUUCUUCCCUGUAACAUGACAAAAAUGUAAAAUGCCUGAAAGUUUAGGAUAUUGUGUUCAUAAUGUCAGCUGAAGAUCCCACAUGUUUAAUGUAACCCUCACUCAGGCUUCUUGGUGACUCUUUUGAGAGCAGUUCCCCACCCUUCUCUGAUGACUUUCAGUUUACAGGGUGCUAUAGGGGUACAGUCUUGAGGACAAUCAAAAAAUGUUCUUCAGUUUCUCAAGUGGUUUCCCUGUUUUAAGCCAUAAUUUUGUACUCAGUUCAUUCCUGGCUCUCAGAGAGAAUAAAUCUAAAUGUUAACAAUAUAGAUAAUAAUAUUAUUUGUACUUACACGUGUGAAAUAAAAGACCCUGGAAUUUUCUGAUGGUUA